AGCUGCAGUUCAGAGAAGGCGCCGGCAGAGGGAACUUUGUGUUGGAUGGAACGCGGUGUGGCGUCGCCAUGGCAACUAACCCGGCAGUUUUGCGGAAGUGCGUCACCGGCUGUGAGAGGGAGUUUCAAGAGAGAGAGCGGCAGUUGGAUAUCCAGUCUGGAAAGGCAAUGGGUAGCCAAGAGGAUGCAUGGGAAUGGUUGGACUCGGAGUUUGAUCAUUACCUGGUGGAUAUGAAGCAGUAUGUUCUCAAGCUACCCCAGAGACAAGAGAGACAGAGAUGUGCCUUGUGGAUCAAAAAGCUUUGUGACCCUUUGGGAUCAGGUACAGGAAUCACUGGGAGAAAGAACCGGAAUUUGUAUGCUAAGCUCCUACUUCACAUGCUAAAGCGUGACAAGUUGGAAGGGCCCUUCUCCCAGAAGCCAGAGGAGGGAAUGCUGAAGGCUCUGCCAACAUACAUGUCCAUAUAUUUCGAUGAGCCAAACACCCACAAAUCUCUAAGCUCUGGUCCAGAGGGUCUGCCUGACUGGGUCAUGAGAGAACUGGAAGAGAAAGCACCCUGGAGUCGGUCCUUACAGGACAGUAGAGAUUUUGUCACCUCCCCAUCCAGAUGCCGGCACCUGUACAGCAGUAAUGCCACCUCCUCUCUCAGCGCCUUGCAGCCCACAGAUGACAAGACCACUGGAGCACUCAAAAUGGUGGAACAGCAUAAGAAAAUAGCACAAAGCUUUGAUGACAGUGAUAUAGAAGCACGGCUGAACAGCUGGAAUCUUGGGAUUGAAAACCCACGGUAUCUUCGAGAGAAGCCAAUCAACCUGUCCCCGAUUGCUCCCAGAAUCAGCCUGGGAAAGGCAGGGGGACCCGUGGAUGAGCAAGCACUUCCUCGGCUACAGGAGAAAAAGGUGGAUAUGAAGACCAAAGCUAUGGAAGCCAAGUUCCACGAGGAGAAGCUGCGCCUCCAGCAGAAACAUGAUGCUGACGUGCAGAAAAUCCUAGACAGAAAAAAUAGUGAGACUGAAGAACUGAAGGGCCUCUACAAAGCCAAACAGACUGAAUCAGAGGAAACAAUACGGAAACUGGAGAAGAAAGUACAGACCCUGCUGCGUGAGUCUCAGGUUAUCAGAGAAACGAAGGAGAACCAGAUAUCGGAGCUGAAGAAGAUGUGUGAGCAGAGCAACGAAUCACUAAAAAAUGAGUGGGAGAGGAAAUUGCACAGUGCAGUAGCAGAAAUGGAGCAGGAGAAGUUUGAACUACAGAAGAAGCACACAGAGAACAUUCAGCAGCUUCUUGAUGACACCAAUUCAAGGCUUCUAAAGAUGGAGUCCGACUACCUGUCACAGACCAGGGCAACUGCACAGACAGUAAAGGAGUUGGAAUUGCGGGUGCAGCAAUUCACGGUGGAAGCAGAAAGCAGUAACGCACAGCGGCAGCGGCUGUCUCAGGAUAAGGCUGAGCUGGACAAAGCCUACCAAGCUGUGAGCAGUGACCUGCAGGAAUCUAAAGCCAGAUGCACACUAUUAGAGCAGGAGCGAGACCGCCUUGGUCAAGACUAUGAGAAGCAAAUACAGCAGCUUAAGAGCAAAUAUGAUUCUGAUGUAAAUUACAUCACCCAGCAGAAUGCACUGCAAGCUGUUAAGGCAUCAAAUGCUAUUGAAGAUUUGGAACAGAAAGCCUCCCAAUUAAAGCAACAGCUCCAAGAAACAGAGUAUAAAAUGCUUCAGCGACUCCAGGAGCAGGAGAGUGGAUUUCAGAAGGAAAAGAUGAACUUGGAACAUGCCAGUGAGAGAAAGGUGCAUGAGCUGCAGCAGAAGAUGGAGGAGGAGCGAUCAAAUACCCAGAGGAAGAUCUCGAAGGUUGAAGCCCUGUUACAGGAGAAAGAGGAAAAGCUGAUGCAAGUAAAGGAGACACAGAAGGUGCAGGCACAUCAGGCCGAUGCUGCCUUGGAAGAGUUCAAACGUAAGGUGGAGGCAAACAGUGAGAAAGUCUAUUGUGAUAUGAAGCAGCAGAUGGAGAAGGUAGAGGCUGAUCUCAGUCGCUCAAAAUUUCUCAGAGAAAAGCAAAGCAAAGAAUGUGGUCGUCAGUUGGAGGAUCUGAAACAUCAAUAUGAGCAGAAGAUUGUGGAGCUUAGGCUGGGGCACGAACAGGAGAGGACACACCUUUUCCAGCAGCACAACAACGAAAAGGAGAGCAUCAUCAAGGACCACGAAAAGGAAAUCGAUAGGCUGGAGAAGCAGCUUCGAAACACCAUAUCGGAUCACGAGCUGAAGACACAGGCAUGGAGGCAGCGAGAUGCGCAGAUUAUCUCGGAGCUGGAGGGUCAAGUGCACCACCUGAAAGAAGAACUAAUCCAGGUGAACUCCCAACGUAAGCAGCAGUUGGUGGAACUGGGGCUCCUGCGUGAUGAGGAGAAGCAGAAAGCAUCUCAGGAACAUCAGAUGGUGAUUGGCAAGCUAAAGGCAGAAAUGGAGACCAUGAGACUGGACCUACAGAGGGCUCAUGCUUCCCAAAUGGAGGAGGCAAUGGAAAAGGCCAACAGCAGAUUCAAGCACAUUGAGAAGGAGUACAGCGACAAGCUGGCCAAAUCCAUGCAGAUGGUGAAUGAGCUCCAGUUGUCCAUCUCAUCGGGCCGAGAGGAGAACAACCGGCAGCAAUUCAUUAUGGAUCGGAGGUUACAGGAGGCAACUCAGAGGCACGAGGAAGAGAAGAGGCAGCUGAUUAAAGACAACAAGAAAGCUAUAAAGGUUCUGAAAGACGAAGUAGAAACCUACAGCCAGGAACUUCGGGCCACAGAGAAGAAGCUUCAGGAGAAGGAACUGUCUGCGCAAGAACAGGUGACUCAGAUCCGCCAGGAUUAUGAGUUGAAGAUUAAAGGUUUUAUGCCUGCAACUGUGAGGCAAGAGUUGGAAGAUACAAUCACAUCACUGAAAUCCCAGGUGAACUUUCUACAGAAGAGGGCACAGGUUCUCCAGGAAGACCUUGAUAUUCAGCAGAGUAAAAGGUUAUGAUUCCCCCAUUGCUUCAGAAUAUCAUGGCAGCUGGAGUUGGACAUCGCAGCCAGACCGUGAGCCCCAUUAAUAUAAUAUGAUUAUUCAAUCUGCCCGUUACACCCCCAUUCCCUUUCAUCCUCUCCUCCAUUUUCCCAUGUUGCUCAUCAGACCCAGAGAUUACCCACCAUGCCUGUGCAUUUGGGGACCUUGGUUUGUUUUUUUUUACAAAUCCUUACAGCCAAUUUUAUUGCUAUUUAUUCAACAUGUUUGUGCCUUAUGUAUCAACUUUUACUAUUUAAUAUAUUAAAGAUAUUUUGUACUAUU